GCGAGCUUGAGCGCUGUGAUUUCGGGGCCUCGUGAGCGUCUCCUGCCGCGUGAGCGGGAGGCUGCUCCUUGUAUCGUGGGGCUCUGUCGCGCGCACGGACCGGUGGCGCAGAUCCCGGCCGCGCGGGCAGCCCUGGGCACAAAAGGGCCACUCAGUCCCAGAUCCUGGUACCAGUGAUCGCGUGCGCCGCGGCGUCGACGCGUCGUCUACGAUCCCGGCCGCACGAGCCAAACGUGUAGACCAGUGGGCAGCGGUACGCACCGCGCAACACCAUGGCGCUGUCCGGCCCGCCGCCGCCGCCGGUCUCGCGCUUCACGCGCACGGCGCCGCCGCGGUCGCCCGCGGAGCUCGUGAGCCUCGUGAGCAACUACCUCUUCGACCUCUUCGACGCGAACAGCAUGGACGAGUAUAAAGCUUUGGAAGCGUUGGAGGACCAAUGCAUGCCGCACACGGACCCGGACUCGGAGGAGUUCAGCUUCGCGCAGCAGGAGCUGCACGCGACCUUCGUCCGGCUCCUAGAAAGCUACGUCGAGGCGUACAUACGUUCGCUGGGUCGGACGCUCGCGGACUUUUACGACGCGCUGCGGGAACUGAAGGACGGGUCCGGCGCGCCGAUGCUGGACGCCUCCGACUGCCUUGACACGCUCUACGAGAUGGAGGACAUCCGGUGCUGGAUCGACGGCGUCAAGGCGCGCGUGCGGUACAAGCGGCUGCACGGGAGUAAGGUAAGCUAAU